GAACCAACGCUUAUCUCCCCCGAGACUACGCCUCUCCGCCCGAACCUAUGCUUCGUCACCCUUCCUCUCGAUAGCCGGUCUAGAAUCAGAUUGAUGGCAAGGACGCCCGCCUUCUCCAGUCUGUCUUCCCACAGACUGAAAGCUCAGAACAUGCCGGAUUCAAUGAGCGCUGCCAUCCCGCGACCACCAUCACCACCGUCACCACCAUCUCUGCACCGGCCCAAUCACACCCUUGCCAUCGAGAAAUUGCCCGAUCCUGCGAUGGCUGACUCUGCGCCGCCCGAAACCUCAUCUCCUUGCAGCUGA